AUGGCAAGCGAUCGGUAUGGGGACUUACAGUCACACCUCGCCGACAUAUUCGAGCUGGACCUGUCUAUCGUGCCCUCUGGGGUAUGGGCGCUGCUGGACACGAAAUAUGCCUUGGAGUCGGAGGCUGCCAGACACAAUGUCCGUAGGGUACUCCGGGACUCAUUGCAGGACUGUUGGCGGCUUGGCGUCGUCCUUACUCUUCAUGCUAUCUGGAAAUGGAGGAGCGGUUGCCGAGACCCUGUCGAGGAUAUGUCGGCGCAUCGAGCCAUGGCGUUGUUAUCGGGGCGUCUAGCACAAGGGUACCUCACGUUGCGAGAACGGGCGCUUGGCUCCCCCGCUGCUCCUCAUAUCCAUCAAGCAGCUCGGCUUGCUCAUGCGGUGCUCACGGCCGGCGGCGGCACCACACCCGAAUACGCUGCAGGAGCACUGGAGACGUCGAGAUUUUUACUUUUCUUCGACGGCGGCUCGAGAGGCAAUCCCGGACCGGGUGGCUCGGGGUCGGUGAUCAUACGGAUUGGUGGCCGUGACCUCUCUCCGGUUGUGAUGUGGAUGGCGAGCGUGUCGUACGCAGCGCACUCCACGACGAAUAACGUGGCGGAAUACAGGGGGGCUACUAGUGGGCCUUCGGCGAGCGCUGGCGAUGAAGCUAACGGGGCUUCAUGUGAUUGGAGACAGCAUUAG